AAAAGCCGUAACUGGCGAUGUAUCCUUGUCGGUCGUCCUUGGCGCCCUCUUGAUUGCGCUCACUGUUUUAGCAGUCGUCCUUAAUAUCCUCAGCCAGCUGGUGAGCCUAAAUGCGCGAUGUUAGCUUUCGCAGCAAUUUAUUCUCGUGCCCGCAAAGCAGUUAUAUCGAGAUCCUCACCGCCCACCCAUGGUCUUCCACUGGUUCCCUGUUAUUGGCUCUACCAUCACCUAUGGAAUAAACCCCAUCCAAUUCUUCUUCGAAUGCCGCGAAAAGUACGGCGAUGUGUUUAGCUUUGUUCUCGCUGGAAGGACAGUCACUGUCACCUUAGGGGCCAAAGGGAACAACUUUGUCCUGGGGGGAAAAACUUCGCAUAUCUCCGCAGAAGAUGUCUACACUAAUUUGACCACCCCUGUGUUUGGAAAGGGUGUCGUGUACGAUUGUCCCAACUCCACGCUUAUGGAGCAGAAGAAAUUCGUCAAGUUUGGGCUUACGGUCGAAAAUUUCCGUUAUUACACACAUGUCAUUGCUGAUGAGGUGGAGAAGUUCCUCCAAACUCAUGAGUGCUUCAAGACCUAUCGCGACAAUGCAAAUUCCUCCGACGCUUGGGGAUCGUUCCCUGCCUUUCAAACUAUGUCUGAACUUAUUAUUUAUACUGCAUCAAGGUCUCUUCAGGGUGAAGAGAUCCGUGCUGCCGUCGAUGGUAGCUUUGCGGAUAUCUACCAUGAUUUAGAUGGGGGCUUCAAGCCCAUCAAUCUUCUACUUCCUGGGCUCCCUCUACCGAUGAAUAUAAAACGCGACAAGGCGCAAAAGAAAAUGAGCGACUUUUAUGUUGGCAUCAUUGAGAAACGCCGUGCCCAGGGUGAACAAAAAGAAAUUGACAUGCUUGCAUCGCUCAUGGGGCAAAGGUAUAGGAAUGGCCGCACCCUUAGUGAUCGCGAGAUUGCCCACAUCAUGAUUGCCUUGCUGAUGGCUGGUCAACACACCAGUUCUGCGACAAGUUCCUGGGCCCUGGUACACCUAGCUGCCCGACCUGAUGUUUGGCAAACUCUGUAUGAGGAGCAAGUUCAGAAUUUUUCUAACGGCGAUGGCACCUUCCGUGAGAUAGAAUAUGAAGAUCUUUGCAAUCUUCCUAUCCUGGAUUCCGUCAUCCGUGAAACCCUUCGGAUGCAUCCUCCGAUCCAUUCUAUUCUGCGUCAAGUGAAGGACGACCUCGUUGUACCCCCAACACUCGCAACAAGUCGUGGAGGAAAGCCAAAGUCCGAAGACAACACCUACAUCAUUCCCAAAGGUCACCUCAUUCUUGCCAGUCCUGCCGUGUCUCAGCUCGAUCCGGAUAUUUGGAAGAAUGCCAACAUUUGGGAGCCUUCUCGUUGGAGCGAUCCUGAAGGUGUUGCCGCUCAGGCUUUGGAUCAAUAUGAGAAUGGAAGUGAGAAAGUCGAUUAUGGCUUCGGUGCCGUCAGCAAAGGGACCUCCAGUCCUUAUUCACCUUUUGGCGCUGGGAGACAUAGGUGCAUUGGUGAACAGUUUGCAUAUGUGCAACUUGGGACUGUCAUCGCAAAUCUGGUUAGGAAGCUCGAGAUCAAGAUCAAUUGCGUUCCACCUCAUAAUUAUAGAACUAUGAUCGUCGUGCCCGAAACUCCUGACGAUAUCUCGUAUCGUCGGCGAGUCUGAUUCCCAAGUAGCGGGGGGAGUUUUCCACGUUAUUAAUUCAACUCUAUACACUAUAUUCUAUUUAUAUCAGUCAUGCCUAGCUUGAAGAUUAAUUCGAUAAGCGACUGUCAAAAAUUCCCGUUCUUCAGCUUCAAGCGAAUUUUUGGAAUGGCGAGUAACUUGAUA